UUCAUCAUGAUUUGAGAACUUUUUUGAGGCAUAAUUUUCAAUCUGGAAAGAGAAAAUUGAGUUAUGUGAUGGGAGACGGGAAUAAUUUUAUUAUUCAUUAUAGUUGCAUCCAUAACUUAAUAUAUGAUUGUCAUAUCCGUUGUCAUGAGUAACGUGAAUCGAAUGCAUAUAACAAACACAAAAAUUAUUCUAUCUGAAUACAUAUUGACAAAAAUAGAAAUUAAAUAAGUUAACAUAAUAUGGAAUUAUGGUUAGAAAUUCCCGAAAUUAAUAAAAAGAUAUUCAAGUCAAAACCAAUGAAAUCAAAUGGCUUACUAUUGCAAGUACAACAUACUUUAUACAAUAAAAGAACUAGAUUUACACAUAGCUGCUUCAACCAGUUUCAUAAUAUUCUGGGACUUGCUAAUAAUCAAGGCAAUAUUUAUAUCAUUGAUUAUUCCAUUAAUAAAUUCUGGGGAAUACAACAAUCGCGCCCAUGUACAUUCAUUGAAUUUUCUCCUUUAAAUGACUUUCAUAUACUGGCAGGCAUUCAUAUUGGUGAUAUAAUAAUUUACAAUAUACAUUCUGGGCAGAUUUGUGGAAAGUUGACAGGUCAUAAAUAUAAUGUUCAAAAUGUUUCUUUCUCUAAAAAUUAUAUGCUAACUGCCUCUACAUAUGAAGCAAUUAUUUGGAAUUUGAAGACCACUACCAAAAUGCAAGUUUUGAAUUUGGAACAAGAGUGUACCUUAAAGUAUGUAGCAUUCAUACCUGUUUCUGGAAAUGUUCUGGCAUGUUAUCAAGAUGAUUUGAUACAAAUUUGGUCUCAUGAUGUAUAUAAAAAUUUGAAACAAUUCUCACCAACUAAUUGGAAAAACUGCUCCAUAAAAUCCAUCAGUUUUACAAAGAAUGGACAGAUUAUGGUGGUAGCUGGACAUUCACCUAAACUUUCACUUUUCCAUUUAGAGACCUUCAAACAUUUGAAAACAAUAUCUCUAGCUGAUCAUUUGCAGACAAUUAGAUGCACAGAAUUUGUAUCACGGCCAUAUGAUGGAGGAAAUAAUAACAUCUUGGUUGUCUUGUCAGGUCAAGGAAUUCUUUAUUUUCUAAAUAUUGAAGAGGGUACUAUUUUGAAUGAACUACAAUGUGAAAUGGAGAUUCACCGAUUCGUUUGUUCAUCCAAUGGAAAUUAUAUUGUAUGUCAGUUAACUUCCGGGGAAGUACUUCUUUUCAACAUCCAACAGUAUCUUACAUCAACAAUUGAAAUAAGAGUUCAAAAAGUUCGAAAUAAAUUUAAACCCAAUACAAAAAAGAGUUUAGGCGAGAUAAGGUUAGUCAAAAAUGAGAUAGAUAAUUUAUUAGAUAUAAAGAAAUUGAGAUUAAUUUUGGAAGAAUAUGGAGAAUUUCCAGAUAUCUAUAGAACUAUGAUAUGGGAACGCUUACUAGAUCUUCCAAAUAAUUCAUAUGAAUACAAUAGUAUCAUAAAUCACGUAACGAUUAUUUCUUUUGAAAAUUUGUAUCAAAAGUAUCCAUUAGAAGAUAAAAUGUUCUUAAGAAGUUUGAAAAAGCUGCUAAAUAAUAUUGUGACUUGGUGUCCAUUUUUCGCCAACAUCGAAUAUUUGCCAGUUUUUGCUUUUCCUUUCGUGAAAGUUUUCAAUAAUAAACCGUUGGUUUGCUUUGAAGCCGUUUGCACUGUAAUAAUGAAUUGGUGUCAACAUUGGUUCGAAUAUUUUCCCCUAUUACCAAUAAAUGUCUUGGCUAUAGCAGAAAAUAUAUUACUUGAGCACGAUCCCGAAUUACUUCAUCAUUUUGUCACAUUUAGAAUAACAUCAAAUAUUUAUAUAUGGGCUUUAUUGGAAACAAUUUUUUCCGAAGUACUCACUUCCGUGGAAUGGCUCAGUCUUUGGGAUCACAUUUUAAUAAACGAAGUAUCUUUUUUACUGUGCGCCACAGUUGCUUACAACAUUAUCCAACGUCAUAAUAUUUUGUCAUUGAAAACGUUAGGAGAUUUUGAAGAUUUUUUCAACAAUCAGAAUCCCAUUGAUUUGAAAAAACUGAUAAAAGUAACUUACUGUAUCUUAGAGAAAACUAGUGAACAAUUCCAUCCCAGACAAUAUUUCAAAAAUUUUGUUAGUAUUGAAAAGAGCAAAUAUCCAAUUUUCAUCGACUACCCAAGAAAAAUUAUAGAAUAUGAAAAGCGCGAAGAGAAUAAAUUAGACGAACAUAUACUAAAGUUAUUAGCCGAACAAAAGAUCCGAAAUAAUAAGAAAAAGAUGAUAAUUUACGACGUUAUUACUGACGAAAUGAAAAAAGAGGAAGGAAGAAGAUUAAAAGAAAUGGAAAAAAUAUAUUCAAACCAGAUAAAACUUAAGCAACAAAUAUUUACCACGGAAAAGCUCAAGUUACAAAAUACGAAAAAAAUAUGCGAAGCAAAUACGGAAGAUGCUUCGGAGCAGUGUGAUAAACGAAGAGGAAGCGAUAAAAUGCGCAAUGAUCAUCAGAAAAAACUGGAGAUAUUAAUUGAUGCUGAAAUUCUAGAUAAAUUGAUAAAUAAAGUAGAAAACGAGUUACAGAAUAGGAAUCAACCUAUAGAAUAUGUAGAAAAUAAGCACAAGCGGCUUAAAAAGAAGGAAUUAAAUAAUACAAAGUUGAGGACGUCUGGCAUACGAUAUGAUGCCCAAGAUUGCCUAUGCGAAGUUGUCUGUCCUAAAACUGUGAGAUUUGGCGAAUCUACCACUGGGAGUAGUGUAUACUGAUUUCUAGGCACUAUAAAAUUGUGAAAACAAAAACAA